AUGAAAGCUCAAAGAAAAGUGCCGAUUCCGGAAGGACUUGAUUUAGAAUCUGAGAAUGAAAGUGAUAUUGAAGCGACAUUUCGACAACCAAUACAUCAUCCAAUAUAUGAAUUAGGAGAAGAAGUGAAUUGUUGGAUUGCUUGUUGGAUUGCAUCGGUUGGAUUGUUGGUUUUUGGAUUGCAUCGAUAUAUGGAACAACAGGAUUCGACAUUGAGUUGGAAAAAAGCGAAAGAAAGUAAGAAGAAAACGAAAAAAGAAGCAACGAGGAGAAUCGACGAGUAG